AUGGACACUACCGGGAAGAGUCACGAGGUUGAAGCAAUCUCGACGCCUAUGGAGAUAGCAGCGCUAAAGGAGGACAAGAAGCGGAAGAAUCGAGAGGAAAGUGAUGAAGAUAAAAUGACUCUCUUGAACAAGAAACUAGAUAAAAUAUGUCAUUGUCUAAACGAGCUGACUGAAAGUGUCAAAAAACUUCAGAAGAAUUCAAAUCUACCUGAGAUUUCAUCAAUGGACGAAGAAACUCCAAAGAAAAAGGAAUAUGUGUGUUUAUUCGACAGUGAAGGUUCAGAUAUGAAAAACAGUAAGACCAUAUUCGUCAAGGGGUUCGAUUGUUCCUUCCCUAUGGAUGUUAUCAAGAGGAAAUUAAGAGAACACUUCAGUACUUGUGGAGAGAAGGUCUCAAGGGUGUUUCUUCCGUACGAGUGUAAAACCGGUUCUCUCUUAGGAUAUGGUUUCGUUAAUAUGUCAAGUUAUCCAGAGAAGGCGUUGGCACUGAAUGGAAGUUACUUGGGAAAGAUGAAGCUUAUGUGCAUUGGCGGAGCGCCGUACGAGAAAAUUCCAUGA